AUGUUGAUUUCUCUAGACGUGAACCACGGUCGUUUAGGUAUGUUAAACAGCUGUAAUAAAAACUCACAUUCCAUUGACUGGACUCUCUGUUCAUCAUCAGUUACUGAUGCUAUGACAUCUGAUGUUGUUGCACCAUCAUCCUGGAAAAUCUUUGGAUGUCAGAAUGGUCUCCGGUUAUUCAAGGAGGUCAAAGAUAGGGAAUUUCAUUUAAAGUGGGAUGAUCAUCCUGCAAUUAUGGCUGUUGGUGUAGUUGAUGGAACAUCGGAGGCCAUUUUCCAAACUCUCAUGUCUCUUGGUACUUCAAGAUCAGAAUGGGACUUUUGUUUUUACAAGGACUCCGUGAUUGAACAUCUUGAUGGUCAUACUGAUAUAGUUCACAAGCUCCUAUAUCAUGAUUGGCUACCUUGGGGUAUGAAGCGAAGAGAUCUUCUGUUGCAGCGCUAUUGGAGAAGGGAGGAUGACGGGACAUAUGUGAUUCUGUACCAUUCCGUGUUUCACCAGAAGUGUCCUCCUCAAAAGGGUUAUGUCCGUGCCUGCCUAAAAAGUGGUGGAUAUGUGAUUUCUCCGUCAAAUCAAGGGAAGCGAACAGUAGUGAGGCACAUGCUUGCUAUUGACUGGAAAUCAUAUAUACAGACAUCAUCAGCCCGAUCUGUAACAAUUCGCAUGUUUCGGAAGCUUGCCGGUGUGCUUCCUAAUCUCUGUCUCCCCCUUUUAUGCCAAUGCAGUUGUUAUUAUAUCUAUUUAUCUACUGUUGCCUCUGUAGCCUUGCGGGAAUUGUUCAGAGCAAAAUUAGAUUUCUUAGCAUCUGAUGUCUCAUCGGGUGAGCUGAUGAGAGAUAGUAGCUUGUUACAAAGUAAACAAGAAUUGAAGGUUGAAGUCCAAACUAGGCUGGAGAAUGGGCAGUGCAAGGAGAAUAUGGAGGAAGAAGCAGUUAAAACGCCUUCUGAACAUUCAAGUCUAUUCGGACUAAAUGACACAGCAGAUGAAUUCUUUGAUGUCUCUGAACCUCUGGAUUAUGAUCAAGCGGCAAAUGGUUGGCAUUCUGAUUUUGGUCCUGAAACUUACUCUCAGGACACAGGUCAACCCAAACUGUCAACUGCUUCUGUCUUUUUGAAAAAGUUGCAUGAUAUAGCAGUUCAGAAGAAAGGUUAUGUCGACUUGCAUGAGGUGGCAAGGGAAGAUGGCCUUUCAUGCAACUAUGGAUCCACCCUUCCAAAGGAUUCAAAUUGUAAUUUUCCCUGCAGCUGGACAGCAGCAGAUCCAUUGACAUUUUUAAUUCGUGGAAAGACUUAUUUAGAUGACCAAAAGAAGAUUAAAGCAAAAGGCACAUUAAUGGAAAUGGUUGCCGCUGACUGGUUGAGAUCUGACAAGCGAGAAGAUGAUCUUGGUGGCCGCCCUGGGGGCAUAGUUCAGAAAUAUGCAGCAAAGGGAGGCCCAGAGUUCUUCUUUAUUGUGAACAUACAGGUUCCAGGUUCAACAACAUAUAGCCUUGUUUUAUACUAUAUGAUGAGUACUCCUAUUGAAGAUUCUCCCUUGCUAGAGAGUUUUGUCAAAGGGGAUGAUGCUUAUAGAAAUUCGAGGUUCAAGCUCAUACCAUACAUUUCUAAGGGCUCAUGGAUAGUCAAACAGAGUGUUGGGAAGAAAGCAUGCCUCAUUGGUCAAGCGCUAGAAAUUAAUUAUUUCCGCGGAAAGAACUACUUGGAGCUUGGCGUUGAUAUUGGUUCAUCCACUGUUGCAAGGGGUGUGGUCAGCCUUGUUUUAGGUUACCUUAACAAUCUGGUUAUUGAGAUGGCAUUUUUGGUACAGGCUAAUACACCUGAAGAGCUACCGGAAUAUCUUGUUGGAACCUGUCGUCUUAACCAUUUGGAUGCUGCUAAAGCUGUAUUGGUGAAACCAUAG